CUGCUCGGCUUAGCAUUAUCGUCUCGUUCCCUGUCUGCCUGUCCAUAGAUUCCCACGCCACGCAGAGGCGCAGCGAGCGAGCGAUGCCGCAGCUGAGCAUUAGCACGAACGUGCCGGUGGACGCCAUUGUCGCCGCCGACAUCCUCAAGGACUGCUCCAGGGCGCUCGCCAAGAUCAUCGGCAAGCCAGAAUCCUACGUCAUGGUUUCGAUAAACGGGUGCGUGCCGACGUCGUUCGCUGGGAGCGAGGAGCCCGCGGCUUACGGCGAGAUCAUGUCCAUCGGCGGGCUCGGCCCCGGCGUGAACGGGAAGCUCAGCGCCGCACUCGCCGAGAUCCUGGAGACCAAGCUCUCGAUCAGCAGCAGCAGAUUCUACGUCAAAUUCGAUGACGUGCAGGGAUACAAUUUGGGCUUCAACGGAUCGACGUUCUGACAAGUACAUCAGUAGGUCACCAGAUGAUGUCGGGAUAUUAUCGCCAUAGUUUCCCUCAAAAACGGAAAAUACCCCACCGUGUAUCACUUGCUUCUUCGAUCUUUGCCAGUUAAUGUUCCGCACAUAUCUGAACCGUGCUUUGAUUCAGCCGAAUGAAGGAUCUGCUUGCUUGAUUGCUUCAGAGUUA